AUGACCCAGAAUGCGGAAAACCGUAUUGAAUGCGCUUUGACGACCAUGAUAAACGACGCGGAUAAAAUACAUUUGAGAAAACUUCAAGCGGAAAUGCACAAAUGCGCGGCAAAAUGUUGCGAAAACAAAGAAUGUUCUAUAGAACUCGUACACGCGUGUAUAGAAGUUUGCAGUCAGAAUUUAAAAAGAGCACAAAAAGUUGUACAAAGCGAAAUAAUACAUUUUCAAAAACGUCUUCAAGAAUGCGUAUUCACGUGUAAUAACGACGUUAAAAAAAAUAUCGAAAAAGAACCGAUUGAUUUACAAAUCAAAGCCUACGAAUCAGGAUUUGAUAAUUGCGUUGAAAAAUGCGUUGAUACCAACAUAGCACUAAUACCAUUCAUAAUGAAAAAAAUGAAAGAAAUUUUAGCGAAAAAACCGCAGGAUUUAAAUGAAAAUAAAAAUUAA